AUGGCCACCCCACCAACGCCCACGCACUCGGCGAUCCCCCAUACCAAAGGGCAAGAACCGGGGAACAUACAACCAUCGGAGCCGAGUGAGAGCUCAACAUUGCCUCAGCCUAAGCUCCGUCUCCACGUUGAAGAUUUGCGCCAUCCUGCCUCAAGUGUCUUCCUAGCAUUUAUCCCAGAUGUUGCCUCGGUGCUGGACAGAGCAUUGACAAACAUUGUGGAGCAUCUCUAUACGUCGAGCGCCAGCAAGGCCCAUGACCAGUCGACAUUCACGCCCAGUAUCCCACCAACGAGAUCUGUGACUGUAUUUCUGCGGGACUACAGUGGCGUGGCCUAUACAACAGGUACGGAGCUUGAUGAUGCUCAUAAGGAGAUACAUGUAUCUCUGCCGUAUGUCCAGCACUGUGCAUCGGGUCCAGGUGCAAAGGAUGAUCCACUUCACGAGCUAGUGGGUGUUCUCACUCAUGAGCUCGUACACUGUUAUCAACAUACUGCACCGCCCGGUAGCUCCCUCCGACCCCCGGGUGGGCUUAUUGAGGGAAUUGCCGACUUCGUGAGGCUGAAGGCUGGGCUAGAGCCACCACAUUGGAAAAAGCCAGCAAAUGCGGCUGAUAGGCCCCCGAAAUGGGAUAUGGGGUAUCAACAUACAGCAUACUUCUUGGCUUGGCUUGAGGAUGUCAAAGUUGGAAAAGGAAUUGUUGGGAGAUUGAAUGACCGGCUCCUUAGAGUUGGGUAUCUUGGCGAAGACAAGCAUGAGGGAAAGGGAGCCGUUGGGUUUUGGAAGGGUCUACUUGGAGCAGAAGUUGGAGAGUUGUGGGAAGAAUAUGGAAGGUAUUUAGAUGACUCGACGCGAGGCAAGACUCGAGGAAACUGGGAAGAAGAGAUUGUGAAUCCGGAAUGA